GAGAGAAGGAAAAUUCCAUUUUUUUUUCUGCAGAGCACAUGGACGUUUUGGUAAAAUUUGCUAAAGAGUGAGACUGUGAGAGAGACGGGCUGCCUUUAGUUUCACUGUGUCUCCAUGAUCUCUGCGAUGUGACCGCUCGCAGGUCGCAGAGCCCCCGCUCUGGCCUCUGCAAGGAGCACGGGAUUGUGACAAUCUGGAGACCUCUAGCAAGCUCAGCUGUAAUCUUCGCGGCAAGCAAUCUAAUUUGAUUGUCUUCUUGGUUAGUCCAUCCCAGCAUUUGGAUCAGUGUGGUGACCGUCUUCAUGGAGUUGUGACUUUUGACAGGACUUGUUUGUCAUAGGGCUCUCUGUUCACAAGGCUAUACAGAAUUCGAACCCCGCACAGCUGCUUCUUCCUUGAGUCUGAUUCGAGGGAUUCCAUGGCAAAAUUGGUGAGGUUCAACUUCUUUGGAGCAAGGAUGCUAGCGUUCAUACAUUUCUCAAAUGCAUGUGUGUAGUACAUAUCAAGAGAUUUGACUCCCUGCUGACCCCUGAACCCACCACGACGGGGCAAUGAUCUCCGAGGAAAGAAUGAGAAAAACUCCAUUAUGCGAGCCACAAUGUAUAGUAUCCCUUGACCGAGCACCAUUCCAUAGAAGACAUUAAGGGAGUGUUUGAGGAGAAGGGGAUUGAGGAGAUUGGGAAGAUACGCAAAACGAGCUUCUAAGAAGAACAAUGCUGUGGCGUACGCAAAGUCCACACAGGUGAUACUAGUUGGGUAUCCUCCAAGGAGGACAACGGUGGCCCAGGUGAACGCCAGUGUGCCGAGGGCGUUGCCCACCCUCUCAACGGAGGCAACAACUUGAACAAAGCAAUUCAGCUGCUCUUCUGGCAUCGCGCUAUGCCAGCUCGCCUCAGGUUGGGCAACUCUCUCUGCUACAUCUACCAGUACAUUCUCUGUUUGUGUCGACAUACUCAUGAAUCAGUUCAGGUUCUUUGAUGUAUCUAUCUGGAAUUCUGUAUAUGCUACGAAGAAUACUGAUGCACUUUCUAAAGUAUACCUCCUGAAGGGGCAGGGUUGUAGGCAAUCAGGAGACAGCUGACACGAGAGCACCGGUUAAUCCAAUGAUGAGUCAGCAGCAACUUCGAUUACUACGCAUGCGAAGUUCCCUUUAUUUGUAUUAUUCUCCCGAUAGAGCUGGAGCAUAGUUUUCUUGACUGACAUGCCAAUGUUCAUCUUCUAGGAAAAUGUCACAGCUGAUGGCAUCUUCCUCUCUAUCUACCUAAGAGUUGUACGCAUUACAGAAAAAAAACAAACGGAAGAGAGUAAACUCCAAACUCCAGAGGUGUUGGAUUUGGUGAUUGGUCAUUGGUUGCGGCGGCGCCGCCGGCCUACCGGGCGUGGAACACCGUACGGCCGGAGAAUGAUUUCCUCGUUGCGCGGCACGAAAUGUACUCUUCCAUUCCUGAAGCUACGGGUACGGUUUCUGCUUAAAGAAUACACUGAAUUCUGCAUGUAUAAAGCCUGAACCCGUAGGUCUUCAGCUACCCGGCAGUGUUCAGAUAAGCAACCCGGAUGAUUGUUUUGGCUUCUGGAUUUAUCAAAUGAAGUCAUUUUGCCUGUUGACUCAGACAUAGGAUUGCUUGACGUACCCAUGAUCAAGUAACAUGUAUAUAUAAAAUCCGAGAAAUGUUAUGUGAUCUAGUCUAAGAGAAUGGUUGAAUGAAGAGGAUCCUCUUAAUUUGGAGAUUAAAAACAAGUUGAUUGAGAUGCAAUCUGAGUGUACGAGAAGCAGUUAUAGAGUUGGCAAUGGUAUGUAAACCUCUGAAAAUGACUGUUGCGUGAAACGGUGAAAGGUUGUCUAUAAAGAUUUUAUUUACUGAUUAUUGAAAUGGAUUAUGGACUAUUUGCUCUAUUUAUUAUUUUUAUUAAUAAAUAUUUGAUUAUAGAUAAUUCUCACCAAUAAUCCUUCCAACAAUCAAAAUCAAACAUGUCUUGGCUACUGCACUGUAACAUGAGAAGUUCAGCAAGUCUCAACAUUACAUGACACAAGAUGAUGUAACCUGCAGGUUAAACAACUUGAAAACCGGCAAGGUAAACACAGCUUUUGCUCCAUUGCAUUGCGCAGGAAUGCAAUAAACAACUUGUAAUCUACUCGAGCGUGUAUCUGAACUUGAUGAAACUUUGUUUCUUGCACGUUGAAGCCACACGAAUCUCAUUUCAUCUUUCUCUUCUGAUUGCUUUCACACAAGAUCCAGCAAAAUUAAUUUAGAUGAAAAAUUAGCCUCCCGCCCAAUCAGCUCCAACCUUAUAACAUCACCAUGCAAAAAACCAUGGAAAUUAAACCCCAAGUGCACUUGUGCACGCACUCGGGAAUACAAGGCUAAUGGCCAUCGACACUACGGCUGAUCAUGGCGGCGGCGCCGGCGCCGGCGGCGUGGACAUUCCCAUGCAAAUACUAGUGCAGCCGCCGCCGUUGCCGCCGCCGACGGCGACGGCGACGGCGAGGCACCGGAGAACGCACACCGGCGACUCGACGGCGUCGUCGUACGAGCCGCAGCGGCGGCCGGUGGAGCACCAGGUCUCGUCCAUGCACGCCGCCACCGCCUCCGACGACGGCGGCGGCGUCGACGACGUGGUGCCGGAGCGCAAGGUGACGGCGUUCGCGCUCCACGUCGCGGUGCUCGAGAAGGCCGCGUCGCACGUCGGCGCCGUCUGCUUCGUGUGGGCGACGGUGGUCAUCCUCGGCGGGUUCGCCGCCGACCUCGACGCCCGGGACUUCUGGCUCGUCACCGCCAUCCUCCUCGUCGAGGGGACGAGGGUGUUCAGCCGGAGCAACGAGCUCGAUCUGCAGGAGCAGCCGAUGCACCUCCCGGACGCCGCCGCCGCCGCCGCCGGAGACGACGACGACGACCCGCCGCCGCCGCACAAGGCGGCGGCGGCGGCCUCGCCCAUCCACCUCCUCCCCCUCGGCGGCUGGCUCGUCGAGGCGAGGAACGUGAGCUACGUCCUCUACUGGCUCCAGCUCCUCUCGGCGUCGGCGUGCGUCGCGCUGUCGCUGCUGCGCCUCGCCACGCUCCGCUUCGCCGGCGACAAUGGCGGCGGCGGCAACAAGAACGCGUACUACGCGCUGAUGCUGUUCUACGUGCUCGCGCUGUCGGAGGCGGUGAUCUUCCUGGUGGAGCGCGCGUACUGGGAGUGGGUGCUCAGCUAUCGGCGCCUGGUCGAGGCGGUGAGCGGCGAGUGCGACCUCGGCGACGCCGGCGUGGUGCCGAUCAAGCGGUUCUUCUACCGCGCCUUCUCGAGGUCGGUCGAGGGCGGCAUCCUCGACGCCACGCGGAUGGACCUCGUCUCCUUCGCCGUCGAGCUCCUCUCAUCGGACUCCGGCGACGAGCAGCUCAUCGGCGCGCACAUCCUCCGGGGCUCCAUCGCCAACCGCGACUCGGCGAGGCGGGCGGUGCGCAAGAUCGGCACGUCGGCGGCCACCGUCGAGCGGCUGGUGGAGAUGGUGAGCUGGAAGAGCCCCAGCAAGCGCCGCGUCAGGUCGCUCGCCGCCGAGGUCGUCCUCCGCCUCGCCGGCAAGCGCCGCAACCUCAUCCGCGUCGCCACCAUCCCCGGCGCCAUCGAGUCCAUCUCCACCUUACUCGAGACCCCCACCACCGACGCCGCCGCCGGCGACCUCGCCAUGAACGAGAUGGGGCUCCACAUCAUGAAGAAGCUGGCGCGCGAGCACGGCAACGCGGCGAAGAUCUCGAGCACAAGGGGUGUCCUCUCCAGGAUCAUACACUUCACCCGGACGAGCAGGGCGGCGCUGCAGAUCUGCGCCGGCGGCGAGGGGAGCCUGCCGGCGAAGACGGUGCUCCGGUCGCUGCAGGUGGUGAAGAACCUCUCGAGCACGCCGGGGCACACCGGCGAGGCGAUCAGGAGGGAGAUCUCCGACAACGUGUUCGUCCUCGGCAACAUCCGCAAGGUGCUCCAGCACGGCGGCGAGCGCCACGGCAAGAUGCAGCUGACGGCGAUCGGCGUCCUCGCCGACCUCGCCAUCGACGGCGACGCCAAGGAGAAGAUCGGCUGCACGGGCGACAUGAUCGCGCAUCUGCUGGACAUGUUCGCCGGCUCGCCGGAGUCGGCUCCGGCGGUCGCCUACGCGGCGCAGGGGGCGGCGCACAUCAGGCUGCAGGCCGGCGAGGUGGUGGCGCUGCUCGCCCUCGAGAGCGCCGCCAACUGCGACCGGAUACUCCGGGAAGCCGCCGUCGUCGAGAGGCUGGUGAUGACGCUGCACCACCCCGGGCUGCAGAUCACGUCAUCCAGAAUCCUACUGAACCUGUGCAGGUACAGCAGGAGCGACCACUUCUUGCAGCUCAGCAGCCUCACUGCAGCUGUCCCAAUAGUGUUCAAAGCAAUUAUGGUUGAGAAGAGCAGCUUGCUUGAGGUGUCUAUAGGAUUGGCAAUACAGAUUACAAGGCUUGCAACACCUGAAUUUCACAAGGAAAUCUUUGGAAAGGCAGGUGUACCAGAUACAGACAUUGCAGGGAGGCUAGUGGAGAUUCUGAAAGAGCACAGGACACCCAGGGUGAAGGUUCCGAGGAUGAGAAGGUUCGUCAUCGAGCUCGCCAUCGCCAUGAUGAGAGGCGACGCCGAGCUCGUCCCCUUCUUCAGGAGCAUGGAGCUGGAGAAGGAGCUCAGGAGCGUCGUCAGGUCGACGUCCGAGCUCGAGAGCUUCAACAUGUUCUCUGGCAGCAUUGGGCUGAGCAGGCACAGCUCAACUCUGGCCUCACUUGUAGAUGAUGCCAUGGAGAUCAUGCAGGCUCUGCAAGACAGUUAACAAAUGACCACAGGACAGACUGAAAAUGGUAAAUGCCUGUGAUUGGUUGUAUGUUGGGAUAUGCGAUGAAUCUAAUUGUAAAUUCAGAAAUAAUCUAUUCAAUUGAUCAGUCAAAACUGUAAAUAACAAAA